CUGUAUUUCAUUUUUUAACCACGUGAGAUGGUCUAACAGAAACGUUCGAAUGUUUUUUAUCCAGUAAUUAGUUUUUCUUCAGUUAUGUAUUCAACUCAGCAAUUGGAACUCUUUCCUGAUCGUACUGUAACUCAGUUGCUAUUCAAAGAUGUCAAAAACCCCGCAGAAUUGAGAAAAAAUGCCAUGGAAGGAAAGAUUAAUGGUGCCUUGAUAAACCCGUCUAUGGUGAGACAAUGUUGCUAGCUAGCUAGACAUGUUGGUUUGAUAUAAUGUAUGAAUGCUUGACUGAAGUUGAUGCAAUGAUCCACAAACUGAUGAUUUGAAUUGUUUUUAGAUAGUGAACACCUUCCAAGUGUUAGUGGCAGCAAACAAGGCAGUCCAUUUACAUAGAACUGGAAAAAUGAAGACAAGGAGCUUAUAUUCCGAAAUCAUCUACAACCUUUCACCCACUAAUAAUGUAAGUAGCCUCUAGAAUUAUCACACACACACACAUUGACACACCUUUCAAAGUAAUAUCCCAUCCCAUUGUCUUUGACACAUAUUUUCCUUUAGAUUUCAGAGGCCUUCAAGAGGUUUGGAAUGUCAGACAGUGACAGUGCUGUUCUCAUAGUUCUGGUCCAUCCCAAAGAGGAGACGCAGCACAUGAGUGACAUCAUUGCCAAGGUGGAUGGACAACAGAUCCCAGUUGAAGAUGUCUCCAUGUUGACCGACCCUGCUAAGAUCAAAAAGGUUGGUCUUGUUUUUCUUUGUCAGUCUUGUUUUCCCUGGAGUGCUGGGCACACACACACACACUAAUAUAUAUACAGUGCCUUCAUAAAGUUUUCAGACCCCUUGACUUUUUCCACAUUUUGUUACGUUACAGCCAUAUUCUAAAAUGUAUUAAAUAAAUACAAAUCCUCAGCAAUCUACACACAAUACCCCAUAAUGACAAAGCAAAAACAGGCUUCACGACAUUUCUGCAAAUUUAUAACAAAAAAAAUAAAAAAGAUACCUUAUUUACAUAAGUAUUCAGACCCUUUGCUAUGAGACUCGAAAUUGAGCUCAGGUACAUCCUGUUUCCAUUGAUCAUCCUUGAGAUGUUUCUACAACUUAAUUGGAGUGCACCUGUGGUAAAUUCAAUUGAUUGGACAUGAUUUGGAAAGGUACACACCUGUCUAUAUAAGGCCCCACAUUUGACAGUGCAUGUCAGAGCAAAAACCAAGCCAUGAGGUCGAAGGAAUUGUCCGUAGAGCUCCAAGACAGGAUUGUGUAGAGGCACAGAUCUGGGGAAGGGUACCAAAAAAUGUCUGCAGCAUUGAAUGUCCCCAAGAACACAGUGGCCUCCAUAAUUCUUAAAUGGAAGAAGUUGUCCUUUUAUCUACUGCAUCUGCAUACAUGUGUAUAGAUGACGUAAUAAAUAAUAACUGAAACCAAUAAUGUAUAGAUGAUGUAAUGUAUUAUAAAUGACUCCAAAUGAAAUAUUGUACCAUGUUUGUCUAGUGUCUCAACUCUCUUUGACUAGUCCACAGUGUGGUUUUUAAAAUCUGUAUUUUGUACUGUCAACUAUUGUAUCAUUGUGGAGUGACAGUUUAAUAAAUGUUUCUAACUCUAACUCAACAUGCUCUUGUUUUUUUCUCCAGCUGUACAAAACCACACCCCAGGAGGAUAUGUGUCUACUGGAUGCUGUUGUCUGCAGGAUGGCAACCAAAGAUGUCAUGUAGCUCAGCAAGAAGACAUGGCAGCAAAUGGAACCAUUAAUGUUAUAUCAUUUGUUGUUGUUUAGCUUUUCAUAUUGAUGUUGUUGCACAAUGUCAUAAAACA